AGAGGAUUAGAUAGAAAGGAAUAAAUUAAAAAAAAAAAAAGGGAGAGAAAGAGAAGGAAAACCCACCUCCCAUUUUCCUCUCUUCCCUCUCCACCCAUCAUCAAUCCCUCCUCCUUCCUCCUCCUCCAAUGGCCACCUUAUCUCUCCUCUCUCCUCCUUCUCUCCACCACCCCACCACCACCGCCGCCGCCGCCGCCGCCACCCGCCUUAUCCUCCGCACCCCCUCCCUUAACCUGCGCACCACCACCUACCGCAGACCCCUCUCUAUCAAAUCCCUCUCUUCCCCAUCCCCCUCCCCUGUCCUCUCCCAAGAUGACCUCAAGAAGCUCGCCGCCGAUAAGGCAGUCGAGUACGUCCGCAGCGGCAUGGUCCUCGGCCUCGGUACCGGCUCCACCGCCGCCUUUGUCGUCGCCAAGCUCGGCCAACUCCUCAGCUCCGGCCAAUUGACCGACAUUGUUGGCGUACCCACCUCAAAACGCACCCAAGAACAGGCCGCCUCUCUGGGUAUCCCCCUCUCCGUCCUCGACGACCACCCAAAGCUCGAUCUCGCCAUUGACGGCGCUGACGAGGUCGACCCAGAUCUCAAUUUGGUCAAGGGCCGUGGCGGAGCUCUCCUCCGCGAGAAAAUGGUGGAAGCUGCCUCCGAUAAGUUCGUCGUGGUGGUGGAUGACUCGAAAUUGGUCACCGGACUUGGUGGAAGUGGGCUCGCUAUGCCUGUAGAAGUGGUUCAGUUCUGUUGGAAAUACAAUCAGAUAAGAUUAGCUGAAUUGUUCAAAGAGGAAGGGUGUGAGGCCAAGUUGAGAAUGGAUGGUGACAAGCCUUAUGUGACUGACAAUUCGAAUUACAUAGUGGACUUGUAUUUCAAGACUCCGAUCAAGGACUCCGGCGCCGCAGGGAAGGAGAUUUCGGCAUUGGAAGGGGUGGUAGAACAUGGGUUGUUCCUCGAUAUGGCGACCGCGGUCAUCAUUGCCGGGAAGAGUGGAGUGAGUGUGAAAGCCAAGUGAUGAUGGUUCUGAGUGGUGGGGAUGAUGGUGAGAGUCUCAUGGUUCUUCUGUUACUUGUUAAAUUUUUAAAUGCAGUAUACUUGUUGUUCAUUAUUCUUGAUAAUUUUGGGCUCACUUGUUGUAACUCUUAGAUGGUCAUGUGGAUAUUUACUGAAUUUUUGUAUCAUGGGUAUUAUUGAGGAAUAAUUUACAUUUCUAUGCUCUAA